GGAGUUGAAGGUGCAGUUGCAGUAGCAGGUGUAGUCAAGGACUUCGCGGGAAAGAUGACCCUGUGGGGUGACGGCCAUGGAUUCUUUCGUGGAGAAGUUCUUCCCUGCCGUUUAUACGAAGCAGAAGCAGGAGACUCCAGCGACGUCGAGGAGGAGUACGACGAUCUGGUGGCUGCCAGCGACGCGUCGAAGGUCGUCAAGCAUCCAUGGCCCACCUUGUCGAACAGGAAGUACAGGCCUCAGCUCGUCAUGUCCUUCCUCAUACCCAAGUUCCAGCAGCUAACCGGGAUCAACAUGGUCAUGUUCUACGCGCCCGUGCUCUUCAAGACCAUCGGCUUCGGUGACGACGCCUCCCUCAUGGCCGCCAUCAUAACCGGCAUGGUGAACGCCUUUGCCACAGUUGUUUCGAUCCUCACCGUCGACCGGAUCGGCCGUCGCGUUCUCUUUCUUGAGGGAGGCGUGCAGAUGAUCAUCGCUCAGGUCGUCGUGGGGACACUGAUCGGAAUCAAGUUCGGGACGAGCGGACAAGGAGACGUAUCCAAGCCCUACGCAAUCUUCGUGGUGCUCUUCAUCUGCGUCUUCGUCUCUGGGUUUGCUUGGUCCUGGGGGCCACUGGGUUGGUUGGUACCGAGCGAGAUCUUCCACUUGGAG